AAAUUAACGAGUGUGAAAAAUUGAAAACCUCUCUCUUUCUCAUUUUCCCUUUUUUUCUCUUUAUCUCAAGCUCAUUCUUCUUCUUAAUAACUAGAUCUCUCUUUCUUUCUUCUUAUUUUUCUCUUCUCUUCUUUAGUUUCGCUUAUCUCGCGGCUCUGACCAGCUCUCAAGUUGUUCGUUUCUGGUUAAUGGAUAUUGAACCCUCUUGGGAUCUUGGGGGGGUGGUUAUUUCCUUUUCGAAAUUGCAUGGCAACAUCAAAUGACCAAACCAAUACUAAAUCAUCACAUUCUCGUACUCUUCUCCUUCUCUUCAUCUUCUUAUCCCUCCUUCUCUUCAGUAGCCUUACAAUCCCCAUGACUCGUCAUCAGUCCACAUCUAUGGUUGCUCCCUUCAAGAGGGUUCUCCUCGAAUCUUCAGUUCCAGCUUCAUCAACAAUGGAUCUACGUCCAAAGGCUAGCACACGACGCAGCCGCACUUCUAGAAGGAGAGAGUUUGGAAAUGAUGCUCAUGAGGUUCCUAGUGGUCCAAACCCUAUUUCCAACUAGGUGAGUUGGCACAUCUGGUUUUUUACCGGUGAGUUUGAAAGAUAAGUUAUUAUAGAUCAAUAUUAUAUGUAUAUUUGAGAAGCUUCUGAUCGAUGGAGAUCAGAGAGAAGCUUCAUUAUUAUGGACUUUUUUUGGAUAUGAAUUAUCAAGAAUUUGGUAUAUAUUUCUUUGGAUCGAUCAAUUUGGUACCAUUCCAUCUCCUUAAAAUCUUUUGUUCGUUCUAAUAUUGUUUUCUCCAUCUAUUAAGUUUUGAAGUUAGAAGUGUAAAGAAGAGAUAUAUACUCUUUAUUUAUUCACAUGUGACUGUGUGUAUAUGUAGCCACCUCUGCAUUUCCUUCACAAAGUAUUUGGGAUAUAGAAUCUUUUAUAAUUGUUAGAUUUGUCU